AUGGAUCCACCUCCUGUCUGUCUUUCUCCUCAGUCCCACCUAGCAGAAGCCUGCAUGGAACGCGAGAGAAGUCCACCCAUAGAAGAGCUCAGCAGAGAUUCCUCCUUUCUCAAUGGUCAGCUGCCUAGCUCCAGCCUCACUGAUGCCGACUGGCUUGGGGAUGAGCACAUCCAGGCCAAGAGAGCCAGAGUAGAGACUAUUGUCCGAGGCAUGUGUCUCUCUCCUGGUCCCGUGGUGUCAGGCAGUGCACGAGCCAGGGAGAGCUCAUGCUAUCCAGAAAAGGCCCGGGAGAGGAAGAGGAAGAGGAAGCAGAGCCUUCCCAUGCACCAGGGUCCCCUGAAGUCAGGUCCUGCCUGGGAUCGAGGGCCCAAGAAGGGGGGCACCCGGAUGAAAGACCAGCUCCAUCGACUGAAGCAACAGCUAAGGCAUCUGCAAGAGCAUGUUCUACAGGCUACUGAGCCCAGAGCACCAGCGCAGGGCCCAGGGGAUACUCAGCAAAGAAGCCCCCUGAGGGCAAAGCAGAGGAACAGCUUCCCAUCUAGCCCCUGGACCAUGGAGAGCACCCCCCACCAGAGUUCUAACAAGGACAUCUGUGGAGCAGGAGAACCCAGAACCGCUGAGGUUCAACAGCAGUUGGAGGAGCCCAUGCUCCAUCCUUCUGGAUCACGGGCUUUAGUGGAGACUCUGAGGAAAGAACUAAACAGGGCCAUGUCCCAGGCUGUGGACUCAGUAUUACAACAGGUGCUACUGGAUCCACCGAGCCACCUCAUCCAGCAGGAAGGAAGCUGCCAGGGGCUAGCAUCAGAGGGCAGAAGCCGGCUCUCACUUCUAGGGAGAAGUGCCAAUAAGGACCUCCUUGCUCUUGCUACCCUGCCUAGGAGGGUCCAGCCACAAGCUGGGGUUCUCUUGGGCAAAUCAUCACUGGCUACGCCUCUAGAUUCUCCUAUGUGUCCUGUCUCUCCGAGAGCAGUCCCCAAAUCCUAUCAGAGUCCCCUAGCAAACUGUCCGGUGACAGCUGAGCCUUCCCACAUCUGGGAAAAUCAGAUUCUCAGCCAGCUUCUGGGUCGUGGACCGGAUGGCCACUGGAGUGGCAGCCCUCCCCAGGUCUUAUCUUCCCAAAGUCAGACCUCCCUCGAAUCUGCCCAGCAACCUUGGGUUCUGAGCCAGCAGCAGCAACCCCUGUCUUUUAUCCCUGCCCACCUGGAAAGCCGGCCUCUCCAACCCUCCGUAAAGAUGGAGCAGAGUGUGCUGCAGGGCACAGCGGACAUGAUUCCCUUCUCUUCCAUCCACAUCCAGGAAGGCCUAAGCCCUGGUCACUUGAAGAAGGCCAAGCUCAUGUUUUUCUUCACGCGGUACCCCAGUGCCAGCCUCCUGAAAGCUUAUUUCCCUGAUGUUCAGUUCAACCGCUGCAUCACCUCCCAGAUGAUCAAAUGGUUCAGUAACUUCCGUGAGUUUUAUUACAUCCAAAUGGAAAAGUAUGCUCGGCAAGCAAUUUCAGAUGGUGUCACAAACCCCAAAAUGCUGGCAGUUCUCCGUGACUCAGAGAUUUUUCGAGUUCUCAAUACACACUAUAACAAGGGAAAUGACUUUGAGGUCCCAGACUGCUUCUUGGAAACUGCCACCUUGACAUCACAGGAGUUCUUCAGGGCUGUCUCCGCAGGGAGAGACUCAGAUCCUUCCUGGAAGAAACCCAUUUACAAAAUUAUUUCAAAACUGGACAGUGACAUCCCAGAGAUACUCAAAUCUUCCAACUAUUCCCAGGAACUGUUUCGAAGCUAA